AUCAGCGAAGAACACAAGGGACAUUCAGGCUCCAGCCAUUGAGGUACUUUGAGAUUAUCUUUCUUUAAAGCAAUGGACUUCUUCGAAUGGAAUCCAUAUGGAAUCCAGAAGUGAACUCCAAGCCUGGAAAAAUAAAUUCUAGUCCUUGCAACCUCUAAAUGUAACAUAUAUAAACAUGACAACAAGCAAGCUGACACCCAUAGCUUCACAAGAGAAAACCAAGAUGAAUUCAAAUCUUCUUUUCUUCAUCAUCUUCUGCACUUCCAUCAGUAUCUGCCUGGCAGAUAUUGGUAACCUCUAUGAUGCUUGUCCAACCAAUAUGACUGCAAAACAAACCGUGUUCAUCAACGGUUUUCCUUGCAAGAAUUUUUCCCGCAUCAUUGCUCCAGAUUUCAAGACUUCAAAGCUAAACCAUGCAGGAGAUACAGACAACUUUCUUCGUUCCUCAGUAAACAUAGUCACUGCUGCAGAUUUCCCAGGCCUGAACACUCUUGGCCUAUCAAUAGCCAGAACUGACCUUGAAGUGGAUGGUAGGGUAAUGCCUCAUUCCCACCCUAGAGCCUCUGAGUUAUUUUUUCUUAGCAAAGGUGUUGUGCUUGCUGGUUUCAUCGACACCAACAACACCCUUUUCCAAUCAUUCAUCAAGGCAGGAGAUGUCAUCCUGUUUCCCCGCGGUCUGUUCCAUUUUUGCGUGAAUGCAGGUUUUGAGCCUGUUACUGCAUUCUCGGUACUGAACAGCCAGAAUCCAGGUGUGGUGAGCAUUAGUGGUGCCAUGUUAGAGACUAAUUCAGAACUGAUAGACAAUAUUACAAGGAGAUUGAUCUCAGUUCCCCCGUCUGAGCUUAAACGCAUCAGCAAUACCAGUCUGGCUAAAUUUUCAAGAAUUCACACUCAGUAAAGCCUUAGAACAUUGUGUUGAUACAUAGUUUCCUGCAUAUAGCGCUUUAUUGCCAUUGGUAUUAGCUUGAACAUUGGUGUGCAACAUGAGUGAUAAAAUACACUCUUUGAUUUAAGGUCCAUUUGAGAGGCCGAUUGGAGGGCUCUCCCCGUAUCAGAGGGUGCAUUUUGUAGCCGAACCUCUUAAAGUGCUUAAUUACUUCAAUGGUUUGAUAUUUCAGUUUGUAGUCAUACUUUUAAAUAUAAGAUACAAAGAAUGUUCUUGGAUUGCCUUUGCAUGUAUAGUAUAAUAUUAAUUUUUGCUUGUAUUUUGAGCCCCAAUUAAACAAAUGAAAAAUAAACAAAGUAUGAUAUUAUCGUUUUUGUUUGUUGUGUUUUGAUUACAGUAAUUU